UCUCAGAAAUGACCGAAGAAAUUAAAAUGAUCACAUCAGAGAGAGAUCAGCUUGCUGAGGAGAAAUCAGAAACUAAUAGCUGUAAGGAAAGUGAUCAGCUGCAGGUGCAAAAGGAACAAGUCCUUUUCCUUACACAAGAGAACCGUUCAUUGCAGGAGAAGCUGGACAGUCUACUUUUGAAAAAAGAAGAGAUUGGGGAAGGAACUUUGAUACCACAGAUUCAAGGGCAAUCUAUGGAGCAAGAGUUAUUCCUUCUGAGAGAAGAGCUGAGCCAGGCACAAAGGAAAUUGCAAGAAAUGGAGGAAGCAAGGGCCAGUGAAUAUCAAGGGGAAUCUGAAAAAAUGGAAAGAACAGAUGUUAUUCCAAAACCACAUGACUCCCAGGAAGUCAGUACCCAGACAAGAAGAAGUUAUGAUGAUGCUGAUGAUGUUAAAAUGCAACUGGAAAAUCUCCAGAAUGAGAGAGACCAGCUGAAAGAAACUCUACAGGAGACAAUUAGCAAGAACUCGGAGCUGCAGGAGGAGUUGAGAUGUACCCGUGAAUCUCUUGGACAACAUAAGGAGACGAUUGUGGAGCUGAAAGGAAGUAUUUCAGAGAAAGAAAAUCAGCUCUCAAAGGUGCAAGAGGCAUUGAAAGAAAAAACGGAUGAACUGCAGCAGAAGCUCACUGAAGUCACUGAAAACCUGACUCGUGUCUCAGCUGAGUAUGGCAACCUUCUGGCAGAAAAGGAGCAAACUGAAAGGGCAAUGAAUGAGCAAGUGUGUCAGCACCUGGAGAGAAUCACUUUACUUAACAAGGAGAAAGAUGAGCUACAGCAAAAGGUAGAGACUUGUAAGGAAAGGGAAGAACACUUGUUAAAGGUUCAGAGGCAGUCAGAGAUUUUGAAGGACAGCCUAACAAGCAAGGUGAGGAGUUUUGGUCUUUAGUCACUGUAUUUGUAUUCUGACAUUUUAUUAUUGAUGUGCUAAGCAUUUGUACAAGCUCUUUAAUUUUUAAUUCUCAGCGCAUCAUUUUUUUGGUUGGUAAACAAACGUGAACAUGGGUGAAUGAUUUUGUCUAAGUUUCUUUACUGAUAUUUAGUUAUAACAUCCUCAACUUCUCUCAGCCUUGUAAUCCAGUGGAUUGGUCCAGCUUUCAAAUGAAUGGGAAUUUAUCAUAUGUAUGCAUGUUUGAUAUAAUGAUCAGUAUUGCAGCAUAUAUUCCAACUUUUUAAAAGGCCCUGUGUAGACAGCAUGAACUUAAAUGUGUUUUAAAU